CCUUCAGCUCGAUCGAUCAGCCUCCACCUUCGUUUAAUUUACAGAAUAAUUCAAGUCCCCAUUUGUUCUAGCUUUUUCAAUGGCCAACUCCAUUUUUAGAUCAAAUGAUCAUCACCAAAACAAAACAUUGCACGUAGUAGUGGGGCUGUUUUGUCUUAUGAUGUUGGUCCACAAGGGAGGUGCAACUGAGUUUACAGUUGGAGGCUCUAAGGGCUGGACUGUUCCUGAUCCUGAACUGCAUUACAAUCAAUGGGCAGAAAACAACCGUUUUCAAAAAGGAGACUCUCUUGUGUUCGUAUACCCACCAGACCAAGACUCAGUGCUUCACGUAACCCCGGAAGCGUACAACAAUUGCACCACAACAGACCCUAUGGAGAAAUUCUCCGACGGCCAUACUGUCUACACGCUACAACAAACUGGGGCUUUCUACUUCAUCAGUGGCGACAGAGAUCGCUGCGUCAAAAAUGAAAAGCUUGUGCUGGUUGUAUUGGCAGAUAGAAGCAACGGCUCGAAAACUAACGAAACAAGCACACCUCCUCCUCCGCCUACAGGAGAAACACCGUCUCCAGCACCUUCUGGUGAAGAGUCUCCGCCUCCCGCAACUCCAUCUCCUAUCAGUGAGAUUCCUCCUCCUCCUCCAAGUGGAGCUUCUUCAAUCUCGAUUAGUUUUAUCGGUUUCCUGGGAGCACUCACUGCAGCUUCACCUCUUCUUUUCUUAUCCUAAGCACAAUGUUUGCAUAUACAUAUGAUUGAGCUGAUUUUUUUUUUUAUUUUUUUAUUUUUUUCCCCGAUUGUUUUCGUGCGUAUACCUUUGAGCUCAGCGGGGUCAUCGAUCAACUGGGUUUUCAAAGGUGGAACGCUUUGUUAUAUAGUUGAGAUCGAAAUAAGCUGACAGUGAUACGCUAGAUCUUUGGCGUGCUUGUAACUUCACUGUUGAAGAACAUUGUACGUACAUAAGCAAAUAAAUGGAUUUUUAUACUGUGUGAAUGAA